AUGUUCCCCGGGAAGAAGACUGUGUACAAAAGCUUGCUCCUGUCCUUUGCGCUGGUAGUAACAGUGACGGUGUUGCAGAAGGCCACUGUUCCCGGCCAGCUCUUUUCAACCUGGCCACACAAAUUGCUUUUCUCCCAAGAGUCUCUAAAGGCCCAGAAGAGAGAUGAGGUGAUGUACCUCGCCAGCAAUUUCUGGAAAAAGGAGAUUGCGGUUCCCCAGGCAGUUGAAGAAUCAGAGGAAGGGGUGACUUCGUGGGAUGUCACGACCAUCAACUGCACAGCCAACCUCAACUUCACCAAGGAGGAGUGGUUCAGGAACCUGGAGCCCAAUUUCCAGGAGUUUCUCCUUUACCGCCACUGCCGAUACUUCCCCAUGAUCAUCAACCACCCGGAGAAGUGUGCGGGCGAGAUCUACCUGCUGAUCGUGGUGAAGUCCAUCAUAACUCAGCACGAUCGCCGAGAAGCCAUUCGUAGGACGUGGGGGCAAGAGAAGGAGUUGGGUGGCAAAAAAAUCAGGACCCUCUUCCUCUUGGGCGUGGCCUCCAAAAAAGAGGAAAGGUCCAACUACCAAAAACUGCUGGAGUAUGAGGAUCGUAUCUACGGAGACGUCUUGCAGUGGGACUUCUUGGAUAGCUUUUUCAACCUCACCCUUAAAGAAGUCCAUUUCCUCAAGUGGUUCAACAUCUACUGUGAUAAGGUCCAAUACAUCUUCAAAGGGGACGACGAUGUCUUUGUGAGCCCUGAGAACAUCCUGGAGUUCCUGGAGGAUCAGAAGGAGGGGGACCUCUUUGUGGGAGAUGUCCUGGUCAAAGCGAGGCCCAUUCGCAAGAAGGAGAACAAAUACUAUAUUCCCAACGCUUUGUACAACAAGAACCAUUAUCCACCCUACGCCGGUGGGGGUGGGUUUGUCAUGGAUGGCCUGCUGGCCAAGCAGCUCCACAAGGUCUCUGAAAACCUGGAGCUGUACCCCAUCGACGACGUGUUCUUGGGGAUGUGCCUCGAAGUCCUAAAGGUGACACCUGUGGCUCACACCGGCUUCAAAACGUUUGGCAUUGUGAGAAACAAGAACAGCAAAAUGAACAGAGAACCCUGUUUCUUCCAAAACAUGUUGGUGGUCCAUAAACUUCUUCCGACCGAGCUGAUCGACAUGUGGAACUUGGUCCAUAACAAUUUGUCCUGCUCCCAAAAAGUCAACCUCCUUUAGCUCUCCCGAGUUUGGUCCAAGAGGAAGGCGCUGGGCCCCAAAGGAUUUGGGGAAAUUCUCAGACUUUUCCCUUCUAAUGAAGUUGAAGGAAAACAGCCAAUGGGACGGGGGGGGGGGGGGUAGAGGUCUGUUGAAAAAAAGUUGGAAAACGGGGGUCUUUUUCUCAUAUUUUAUUUGUUCCCCUGUGGGGCUUUUGAAGGAUACAGAAAAAGACUUGACAAGAUGGGCAGAAAAUGGCAAUAGAAGAAACUGAAUAUUCCUGGGCAGAUGAAGGAUUAUCACCCCACAUUGGGCAGUCGGACAUGUCACAUCUUCCUUUUUUCGUGCCCUUUUGUGGUGUGCUUUUCAGCUGAAGGCUGGUCCUAAAGCUAAGACAUUUAUUUCUAGCUGUGAGUGUGUGUAAGAGAGAGAGAGACAGAGAGAGAAUGGGUGUGUUUCCAGAACUGAAU